UGUAAAAAAUUUCUAGAAUGCAUAACUUUUAUAAAAUGUUCGCAAAAUACCCAAGUUUGGCAUUGUUCGAGUUUCUCAAACUCGAACUACAUACCAGAUCGACAUUUUUAAACUCGAUCAAAAUUUGGAUCGAGUUUGCCAGACUAGAUCCAAAGUGCAUCGAGUUUUCCUAACUCGAUCUAGUUACAUCGUGGUUUUGUAACUCGAUCCACGUUUGCAUCGAGUUUGCAGGACUCGAUCUACGCUGAUCGUGGCUCUACGACUCGAUCCAUGUAUACAUCAAGUUGCCUGACUCGAUUUAUAUGAAUUAUUGGUCGAAGAUUAUUGGUGGCACUAGAUCGAGUAUUAGGGACUCGAACUGCUACUAGUUCAAGUGCAUGAGACUCGAACCCUUCUCCAAUUAUUCUGCCAAGUCGCUUUCCGCCCGACAUGCUUCAGGAUAGGGUGCAACGAUAAGAUUUUUGGUCCUUAUUGAUCGAUUCCCUUGCACUCGAACUGCACUAGUUCGAUGGACACAGCCUCGAACCAUGUCAUUAGUUUACGAAAAUAAAAAUCAAGCACUCAGCACAUUUUGGCAGUUCAUAUACUUUCUAUCUUCUUUCUUCCAAAAACACAAACUGAGCACCAUAACUGAGCAAAGAAGAAGCAUUUUGGAGGUAAGUUCUGAUUAUGUUGGUGAGUGAGCAUUAUUAGUUUGGAUUAAUUUUGUAUUGUUUGAACUGUAUGUAAUGGGUUGUUUCUAUAAAUUGCAUAAAUGGGUAAAAAAUUUCGAAAAUUUGACCUAUUGAUUCGGUGGAAUGGUCGAAUUACAUAUUUUCAUAAUAGUAUUGACUACAAACGUGGUGAAUCAAGUGAUGUCCGGAUUGAGAGCAUAUUUUCUUGGCAAGAUCUCUGCCACAUUUGUGCAGAACGAUGUUGCAUAGGGUGGCAAGAGUAUGCAAGAUGACUUACCGUAUGCCAGUUUACUAAGGAUAUGCACUUGUAUAUGAAGGAUCAAUUAUGUAUGACGAUGAUGACAUUAAUAUGAUGGUGAGAUUUAUUGCACAAAAUAGAUUUCCAAUUGUCGAGGUGUAUGUCGAGAAUAAAGAUGUUGGCCAGUAUGGUGGUGGGGUUAUAUCGAACCAGGUUAAGGAUAGGUGGAGUUUCCGGUUCUGGAUAUUUUGGAGGUACAACGGAUGUACCACAUCUUCUCGAACUUGCACAGGGAAUCUAACUGGCUCUUACCAACGUUUACUUCUCCUUGGUGGCGAUGGCGGGAGGGAUUCAACUUCAAGGGCAUGGGAGGAAUGACGUGGCGGUGCAGGUGCAGGUGGAUAUGCAAUGAUAUCCCUUCGAAUUUACCGCGAACAUGACAUGAGAUUCUUAAAGAGCUUCUUCAAGAAUGAAAAUUUCUUAGGCCCCAAAGUUGGUUCUGGUUCAGUCUCUAGAGUCAUUGACACAAGUUCCAACCCAUCAACCUAGUUAAUCAAAUACUAUCUGUGUAGCUAAAGUAAAUAAAGGAGAAAUAGAUGUAUGCUUACCAACGAUAGGAGGACGAUACCACGUUUAAUUACCCAUCUUUUUGUGAUCUUGCGGUACCAAACCAUAUAUUCAUCUUGGUACCCCCAUUGGCCUUGUCAUUGGGAUGCCAUCAAUUGUAUCCGUAUGACGAGCCUCUUGUUAGAAUUAACUAUAACAUAUAUAAUUCCCCGGAAUCCAUCAUCUUGUCAGAUUAUCAAAGGUUGAAAGAGUUACCUGAUUUCAUGAUGUAGACUGUCCGAAUCUUGAUGCGGAAUCUGAAAGACGUAUUAUGACCGGACGAUACUUCUAAGAGCACGACCCGGGAGGUAGCGUGAUUUUCCUCAACCAAGCCUCCUUAAUCCACUAACGGGAAACCUCGCGUAUUCUUGAUGGGGAGAAUAUGUGUGUAUGUUAGUUAGUCUUAGUGUAUUGGGGACCACAACCUCAAGGUUCCUUAUAUUCUCACCACCAUGGGCUCCCAUAAAACCCAUAGGUGUAAGUAUUGGGUUUCCACCCAUUUAGAUCCAUAUCACAUACAAGAUAUCUUUGGGAUCCUAAUUUGGAUCACUUACAAUUAGCCCACUUAAUCAAAUAGUUCAUAUAAUUGUAAAAUAUGUGGCCCAUAUCAAUAUAGGAAAUAGAAUUUCUUAACAAUCUCCCACUUGGGCUGCAUAUUUUCCUUGAAACAAUUAUAUUACAAAAUUCUUUAGGCGCGCAACCGUAGGCUAUUUGUGCUUAGACAUCUCCUAAAACAAUCUGGUCCACCUCAUGCAUCAAUUAUGGAACCAACGCGGAUUUAAUAACAAUACGAUAAUGAUUAAACCACCAUGAUCACCAUACCAAUACACUCAAUGACAUAGAUCAAAUAUGGAUGAGUGGCAUGAAAAUUACAUGCAAUGUGAUCUAAUACAUGCCUAUUUUCAACUGGUCCAACUUUAGUCCUUAUUGAGAUCAACUGAAAUUCCUUCACACAAUGUGACCAUUGUAUAACUGAAGGCACUUUAAAUUCCAAAAUAGACUCUAGAAAACCAUCACUUUAUUCUGCAGAAUUGAUUUAGUCAUAAUCUAUUGAACUACUUAAAUGACUCUCACUAAACCAAGGUACCAUCCUGAAUAACACUCAUGCGAGCAAUAUGCUCAUGAAAAUCUUUAUGUGUCAAACCAUUGGCUAAUGGAUAAGCUAGCAUUAGUCAUUUUCUUAAUGUUCAAUAGAAACUUGUCUAUUUUGAACUUUAUCUUUAACCUCCCGGAGCUUGAUGUCAAUAUAUUUGACUUCUGAAAUCCGUGGUAAUGAUAGUGUAUCACUAUUAAUUUAUUACCUUUAAUGACUUACGAAAUUCAUUCUAGUGACGAAAAUUUUGCAACCAUAAUUGGAAGUCUCAAGAUAUGCUUUGAACUCUACCCAACACUGAAGGGUAACCAGAUGUAGAGUUUAUGCUACCUUGACAUCCUGUAACAUCAUAAUCAGAUUACUUGAUGAUCUCUAAAUUAUCUGAUCUCUAACAAAUUUGCAUGAAUUCUUUUAUCAACUUUAGUAAACGUGUUACACGUUUGAAUCCUUCUAGUGUUUCAUGCAUAGAUCAAUCAAAUAUUUGUCAAAGACUCUUACUAGAAAUGAUUUAUUGGGAUGAGAAUAAACUAAAGUAUACAUU